UUCCGCAUGUAACAACUUCCGGUGUGAAGUUUGACAGAGGAGGCUGAUCAUGUAGUUCGGUAAUAAAUUCGAUCAGCAUCAUCGAUAACGCAGAGCUCGACAUGGUUUCCACCGUCCGGAACCCCGAGGCCAAGCAGAAGGACGCCCAGCGGGCUCUGGUGGUGGCGCUCACCUGUCAGGAGCUGUUCCACCUGGGAGGCGCUGAGGUCAGCAGCUCCGAGCCGUACGCGCCGGGCGUCGCCUUUCCGCUGCUGCAGGCGAUGCAGGUGGUGAACGAGCGUCUGCUGGAGCUGAACCCCGAGGAGACGCUGCUGUUCGACGUCGUCCUGCUGGCCGCCGACUGUCAGCAGCACCAGGACCGCAUCAUCGCCACCACCCGCCACUACGGUCUGGACGUGAGCCGCUUCUGCUUCUGCAGCCGGGACGAGUUCACACACCUGCUGCUGAGGGAGAGAACACACCUGUUCCUGUGCACCGACGCCCGCCAGGUGGCCACCGCCUCCCACACAGGUGUGGCUGCGGCGCUGCUGCAGCCGGCGCCGUCCCGUCCCACACAGCAGCUCCGGGUUUUAUUCUGCACAGACCCUGCAGACCGGCCCGGGACGAGCCAGCAGGUGUGUCAGGUGGCGGGGCUCCUCGGGGCGAUGCGCAGUCGGCUGGGCGUGGCCUGCGGCGCUCUGAGCAUCAUCCUGCUGACGGUGCAGGGCGGCAGGGAGUCCUGCGGCCGGGCGCUGCUCACCCUGCGGUCCUGGGGCCUCGGGGUGGACGAGGCCUACUGCCUGGCCGGGGCUCCCGGGGGCCCCGCCCUCUCCCUGCUCGCCCCUCACAUCCUGUUCCCCGAUGGCUCCGCCCUGCAGGCCUGAACGUCUGCCCAUCUCUGAUCCGUCUGUUACGAAACCACCGGCCCAUCCUGGACCCUGGACCCUGAACCCUGGACCCGGACCCGGACCCAGACCCUGGACCUGAACCUGAACCUGAACCUGGACCUGAACCUGAACCUGAACCUGACUUUGUCCUGUUUGUUGCCUGGUCUCUUCUUUUAUUUUGUGCCUUGAAUGAAUUAAAGUUUCCUCAACCUGA